AUGAGAUUGAGGAAUUUAACGUCGAAACAAACGGUUUGGUUGCAUCAGGACAUGACCAUGCUCCAGGUCGAGGAAAAAUAUUUUAAAAAAGAACCACACGGAUGGAGGUUCGAGUUAAGAAUACGUUACAUACCAAGGGAUUGGAAUGACGUUUACAAAGGAGAUAGGGUUACGUUUUGUUACUAUUACGAUCAGGUCCGAAGCGAUUAUUUCGCAUCCGAUUGUUCUCAUCUCGAUCAAGACACGACCAUACAAAUAGGUUGUUUGAUGAUUCGAAAUUUUUUCAAAGAUUCAUCCUACAUAUCCCUGGAUAAAAAAUCGAGUUUCGAAUAUCUGGAGCGAGAGAUCGGACUGUAUAAAUUUUUACCGAGGAUUUUCAUUGAAAACACGAAACCCAAAACUCUUAGAAAAUUAAUUCAGCAAAAUUACAAAAAGGUUUCGACUCUGAACGAAUUCGAUUGCACGACGAAAUUGUUGAAAAUAUUUAAAAUCCAUUUCAAAUUCGAAGAAGAAAGGUUUCAGUGCGCGUUGGGAACUGCUUGGUCCGUACCUGUAGAAGUCGUCAUAAGUCCGGAUGUUGGCGUUUCUUACACGACACACAUCGGAACGGGAGCGAUAAGCAUUGCGGAUUUCGAAAAGAUUCGUGGAAUACAAACGUUCACGUCAAAUUACGACAACAAAGAAAAAGGUAUCGUGCAAUUGGAAAUUCAAGGAGCGACGGAGAUUUUAACAAUAUCGUGCAACGACAUUAACGAAGCCGAAUCCCUCGCGGACCUCAUAGACAAAUACGUUAGCCUAACGACGAAUAUAUUCGUUUCAAUAUGGAGGAGGAAAGAGAGGCACAAGGAAGAAGUUGCGACGACGGAACCGACGGCAAACGUUUCCGAAAACAAAUACGCGCCAACCCUGACUGAAGAUUACACGGAAAUAGCAGACGAAGAAGGAGAUUAUUCGACUCCGGCUACGAGAGAAUACGAAUUGGAUAGGAGGCGUAUAGAUUUAUUGGAAAUAAUAGGAGAGGGACAAUUUGGUGACGUAUUCAGGGGUAGUUACACGGAGAAAGAAGGUAGCGUCAUACCCGUCGCCGUGAAAACGUGCAAAGCGGAUUCGGACGUUUCGACUGGAGAAAAAUUUCUCGAAGAAGCUUACGUCAUGCAACAGUUUGAACAUCCCCACAUAAUAAAAUUGAUCGGAGUUUGUUCGGAGAGUCCCAUAUGGAUCGUUAUGGAAUUGGCGAGACUCGGAGAAAUGAGAGCUUAUUUGCAAAGCAACGCUUCCAGAUUAGAUUUGGCAACGCUUUUAUUAUUUUCUUUUCAAUUAAGCACUGCAUUGAGUUAUUUGGAAUCGAAAAAAUUUGUACAUAGGGAUAUAGCUGCGAGAAAUGUUCUAGUCUCAACUCCUCACGCAGUUAAACUCGCAGAUUUCGGAUUAUCCCGAGUUUUAGAUAAUCAAAGUUAUUAUAAAUCGUCAAAGGGAAAACUUCCCAUCAAAUGGAUGGCACCGGAAAGCAUAAAUUUUCGCAGGUUCACGACGGCGAGCGACGUUUGGAUGUUUGGGGUUUGCAUUUGGGAAAUAUUGAUGUUGGGCGUGAAACCUUUUCAAGGCGUCAAAAAUAACGACAUCAUAUCAAAAUUGGAGAACGGAGAACGUUUACCACUUCCGCCGAAUUGCCCACCCAGAUUGUACAGUUUAAUGUCGCAAUGUUGGUACUACGAACCGAGUAAAAGGCCGACGUUCAAAUACAUUCGACAAAUAUUAAAUGAAAUAUUAAUGGAAGAAAGAAAUCAAUUGCAAGAAACGAUGAGAAGAGAAAAUAGGAGAGUGCAAGCAAUGUCAUGGGGUUCAUCGGGUUCCGACGAAGCUCCACCGAAACCAUCCAGGUAUCCCGGUCAGGAAUCUUUGAUGAUUUCGUCAAACGCAUCAGCUCCGCAAGUAUCGACGUACAUAGUCGCCCAAAAUCCGGAAGUUUUGGUGCAGUUGCUCCGGGAAAACGAGAGACGUGGAAUUAAUCCAUCGGUAUAUACAACACCAGCUAACGCUUUUAACACUUUGUCAGUCGAUUUCGACUCGGAAACUAGCAAAACAACCAAAAUCGAUAAAGCAGAAUUUACAACCAAAUCCUUGCCCCGCCCGAUAAAAAUGGGAAAUUUAGAAAAAACUCUUGCCGAACAGUGCGUCGUUUCCGUCGGCGGCGACGUCGCCGACGUCGACGCCGACGGAAAUGACGGCGGCGGAAGCAACACCGGCGGUGGCGGAAAAUCUUUAUCCUGUAGCGAUUUUACAGAUUUAAAAACGGAUUUAAACGAAUUCACAUUGAUAAAACGUAUUAAUAAUUCGUCUAAUUCCACGAUAAUAACGCCUUAUAAUUCUCAAGUUUUAGAUGGUGACACGAUAUCGUGUAAAACGAUCGUUAAUACAGAAUCGCAGACUCAAUCCUGUUCUCAGGAAAAAAUUCCAGUCGAUACCGCCGUCUACGGCGACAGUCAUUUGGCGAAAAGGGAAGAUUUUUUCACACCCCAAUUAACGGAACAAGAAUUACUCGAACGAAGGUUGAGAGAACAACAAAAACAAUCCGAAGAAGAUUCAAAAUGGCUCAUGGAAAAAGAAUCAAAUCUCAAAAAACGUUUGUCGAUAUCUACGUCAUCAUCGGAUGCGUUUAGCGGUUCGCCUUCUCAUCAAAACAACGUCGAUCAAAAACCUGUUCAGGAAAAAGAAAGGCCGAUAAUUGUUAAAAAAAUGGAUCCGGCACCGACGGCGGAUCUCGAUAGGACAAACGAUCAAGUUUACGAUUGUACGACAAACGUCGUCAAAGCUGUCAUGUCACUGAGUCAAGGCGUUCAAGCGAGUCGAGCGGAUGAUUAUUUAGAUUUGGUUCGAGCCGUCGGACAACAGUUGAGAAAUUUAUUGUCUUCCGUCGACGACAUAUUGAAAUUUUUACCCGCGAACACUCACAGGCAAGUUCAACUGGCUCACAAAGUUUUGAGCAAGGACAUGAGCGACCUCGUGACCGCCAUGAAAUUAGCACACAACUACAGUUCGACAACGUUGGAUUCCGAAUAUCGAAGGAUGAUGUUAUCGGCGGCUCACGCUCUCGCGAUGGAUGCGAAAAAUCUUUUGGACGUUGUCGAUUCGAUAAGAAUCCGUUAUCCGGAGGUAAGCGAUAAAUUAAUAUUAUUUUUCACGGAGAACAAUGUCGUCGUCGGUGAAACGUCGGUUCCAUAUGGUACGAAUUCUUCAAAUAUGGGAAACGACGAUGUCGAAUCAUCGUCGCCAUCGCCACAUCCGCCUUCAUCCGCCUCGUCGAUUUCUUCGUCUUCAUCUCCGUUUAAAAAACAAUCCCAACCGCAAUCGCAAGCGGAAGGAAAUUUUUCUUCUUCUUCUUGUUUCUCGAUUGGAAAAAAUUCCAUCGUCGAACAAAAUCACCAACGUCAACAACCACAACCACAACAACCGUUAUAUGAUUUCUCAUCGAACGUUAACAAUUCUUCAAACGAUUCCUUUACUUCUAAAAACGGUUAG